GCAUGCGCAGUUGAACAGUCGCAGACACACUAGCCUCAAUAGCAGCGGUAGCCAUGGCCGACGAGAAGCCAAAGGAGGGAGUGAAGACCGAGAACAAUGAGCACAUCAACCUGAAGGUAGCAGGGCAGGAUGGCUCAGUGGUGCAGUUCAAGAUCAAAAGGCACACUCCUCUUAGCAAACUGAUGAAAGCAUAUUGUGAACGGCAGGGGCUGUCAAUGAGGCAAAUAAGAUUCCGAUUUGAUGGUCAGCCUAUCAAUGAAACUGACACACCUUCGCAGCUAGAAAUGGAGGAUGAAGACACGAUUGAUGUGUUCCAACAGCAAACCGGAGGCUCUCCUCUUUAAAGACUGUUUCCUAUGAACAUCCCUACCUCCCCUUUUUGUCACCAACCAUCACAACCAGUCCUCAUACCAUCCACUGAUGCAAAAUGCUAAAAGACAGCAGGACAAUUCAUGUAGUCUUUUAUCACUCUGGCUUUCAACCUGUCUCAAUUGUGCAGUAUAGAUAGACACAUUCAAGCUGCAGUGGCUUUAAAUGUGAUCAACAUAAGUUUUUCUCUCUUUAAAAAAAUCCCCAACAGUUGGAAACAACUCUGAUCCUGUCUUUUUUUUUUAUUUUUAUUUUUUUUUUUGCUUUUAUGCUAAUUUCACUGAGGUUUUGAAUCAGAUUCAUUAAUUAAACCCGUGUUUUGAUUUCACUGACAUCUGUUAUGAAAAUGUAUUAUUGAAAUAAAUUGAGUUUUUUGUACAAAAAAAUCCUGUUUUUUAAUUUUGUAAUUGAUCAAAAUCCACCUUAUAUUCCCAACAUUGUGUCCAAAGUUCUCAAAGCUUUUAGACUGCAAUGUUUGAACUUUAAAUCAUUAAAGA